AAAAGAGGGAAAGGAAAAAGAAAAACAGAGGACACUCUCAAAGUGAAGCAUCGUCGUUGCUAAAUAAUGAUCCUGUAGAUAAAGAAAGAUUACAAAAAAUCCUCACGCUUUUCCUUUGUCUCUUCUUCUGUAAUAAAAACGAACAAACCAAACCAACCGGAAACCCUAGAAGAAAUCACCCUUCAAUCUUCUUCUCCAUCUCUCCCGGUUUUGUUUACAAUUCAAUUCAAUUAAGCAUUUACAAGCGAGGCGGAGUUUUUAUUUUCUUUCUUAUGGCUUCUACUACUGCCACGUGGUCGCCGAGCUCUCCGCAACUCCGCUUGGCUUUGCGUUGCAGGAAUUGCAAGGAGUCACGUGUGGUUCUCGUGCGGGCGCGGACGGGGAAGCUCGAUUGUUCUUCUGUUCCUCUGCUAUCUGUUUCACGAAGCAGGAGGAAGGGACUGGAACGCCGUCGUAACGGUGCUUUGUGGAUCGUAUCGGAGUCCACAGCAGGGUCGGAUACUUUUUCCGGUUGGUCCGAUUCGGAUACUUUGGAAGAUUCCGUAGACUCGAAAAGCAACGGUUGGUUUGGAGGAAUUAUGGGAGCUGGAUCAGCUGGACUUGUUCUGGUAGCAGGGCUUUCCUUUGCAGCUAUGUCCCUAAGUAACCGAAGCACUUCCAGGCCAAAACAGCAGUUGCAGCCCUUAACAACUCAACAGGAAGUCUCAUUGGCCUCUGAUAAUGAGAGUGAUAAAGUUGAGGAAAAUGAAAGUGAGACAGGUAUACAUAAGGAUCUUUCGUCACCUUCAGAAUUUAAUGACACUUCUACUGAUAACAAACUUGAUAAUGAUAAUGGAACCUACUUAGUAGACAGUUACACAUCCAAUGGAAAUAGUGCCACCAACACUGUUCCAAAUCAAGAAGACUUGCAAACUGUUUCAGCUUUGGAUGGAAUAUCAGUUGGCCAGGACAUAAGUCCAAUAUCUCCUAAAUUGCCUGAAUCUGAAGUUGUUGGUGGCUUUGUUGUUGCAUCAAGUCUUAGAGAAUCAAAUAGCAACUUUGAUAUCAGUUCACCUGAAGCAACUUCUGAAAUUGAAGACAAGUUGAUUAAUGAUAGAGAAACUACUGACCCUAACUUGUCUGACCCAAUAAACCUAGACAAUGAUCUCAACGAGGUAAAGCUUGGAUCAGAAGGAAAAGAGAACUCUGAUAUCUCAGUGGAUUUGUCUUGUAGUUCCAAUUCAUCCAAUGAGCCUGUGAUUAUAAGCUCCUCAGAUAGUUCAGAGUUAGAACCCAUUUUAGAACCUCAGGCUGUACCCAGAGACAAUCUGGAUACUGUAGAAUCAUCUGCAACUGAAGAAAACCUUGAGAUUAGCAAAAUGUUGCAGGUCUCAGCUGAAAUAAAGAAUUCAUCUCUGGAAGUGAACAACUUAAAUGAGAGUGAGUCAUCUGAAACAACCUCUGUGUCAGCACCAGCUCAUCCAUUAACAAAUGAGCAAAGCAAAAUUGAUUAUAAUGAGAUAAAUGAUAGCAAACCAGUUUUUGAAUCUCCAACUCCUAGGAGUUCCUUCUCCCCUGCCGGUAUACCUGCUCCAUCUGUAGUUUCUGCAGCUCUACAGGUGCAUCCAGGGAAGGUUCUGGUUCCUGCAGUUGUUGAUCAGGUUCAGGGGCAGGCACUUGCAGCCCUUCAAGUUUUGAAGGUUAUUGAGGCUGAUGUUCAACCUAGCGAUCUAUGUACACGUCGCGAGUAUGCUCGGUGGUUAGUGUCUGCAAGCAGUGCUCUUUCGAGGAAUACAGCAUCAAAAGUUUAUCCUGCUAUGUAUAUUGAGAAUGUUACUGAACUGGCAUUUGAUGACAUCAGGCCUGACGAUCCUGAUUUUUCAUCCAUUCAAGGCUUGGCAGAGGCUGGACUUAUCUCAAGCAAGCUCUCAAAUCAAGAUCUGCUUAAUGAUGAUCUAGGCCCAUUUUAUUUCUUUCCUGAAAGCCCUCUAUCACGCCAGGAUCUAGUAAGUUGGAAAAUGGCCCUAGAGAAAAGACAACUCCCAGAAGCUGACAGAAAGAUCCUCUACCAACUUUCUGGCUUUAUAGACAUUAAUAAGAUAAACCCAGAUGCAUGGCCUGCACUUAUAGCUGACUUGUCUUCUGGAGAACACGGAAUUAUAGCACUUGCUUUUGGUUGUGUGAGACUGUUCCAGCCAGAUAAGCCUGUGACAAAAGCCCAAGCUGCUGUUGCUCUUGCAACUGGUGAAGCUUCAGACCUAGUAAGUGAGGAACUUGCACGUAUUGAAGCAGAAUCUAUGGCGGAAAAUGCAGUAUCUGCUCAUAAUGCUUUAGUAGCUCAAGUUGAGAAAGAUGUCAAUGCAAGUUUUGAGAAAGAGCUUUUGAUGGAAAGGGAAAAGAUCGAUGCUGUGGAAAAAAUGGCUGAAGAGGCAAAGCAUGAACUGGAAAGGUUAAGAUCUCAGAGAGAGGAAGAGAAUAUUGCCCUAAUGAAGGACCGUGCUGCUAUUGAUGCAGAAAUGGAAGUUCUUUCAAGGUUAAGGCGUGAAGUGGAAGAGCAGUUGGAAAGCCUGAUGAGUAACAAGGUAGAGAUACAAUAUGAGAAGGAAAGGAUUAGCAAACUACGAAAAGAAACUGAGAGUGAAAGCCAGGAGUUUGUCAGGUUACAGCAUGAGCUGGAUGUGGAGAGAAAAGCCUUAUCCAUGGCCAGGGCUUGGGCUGAGGAUGAGGCAAAGAGAGCAAGCGAACAGGCCAAAGCCUUGGAGGAGGCUAGAGAUCGCUGGGAGAGGCAUGGCAUCAAAGUGGUUGUUGACAAUGACCUCCGCGAAGAGAGUAUUGCAAGAAGUACGUGGGUAAAUGUUGGGAAACAAGUUGCAGUUGAAGGAACUAUUAGCAGGGCUGAAACUUUGGUAGGCAAGCUCAAGGUAUUGGCAAGUGAAGUAAAAGGGAAAUCGAGAGAGUUCAUCAAUAAGAUUGUCAAGAGGAUCCAGCAUUUGAUAGCGGUGCUGAAGGAGUGGACCUCCACGGCAGGUGCAAAGGCAGAAGCACUGAAAGGCAAGACUAUCUUGAAGGCGAGUGGAUCAGUACAAGAGUUGCAGCAAAGCACGGCCGGAUUUAGUUCGGCCCUUAAGGAAGGUGCAAAACGGGUGGUAGGAGAGUGCCGGGAAGGAGUUGAGAAACUCACUCAGAGGUUCCGAACAUAGUCCUCCCAUUUUAUUACUUCUUCCCCGUUCUUGGGCUCCAAUAAACAAAUUUUGCUGCUGAGAAGUAUGUUAUUCAAGCGAUCUUCGGCCAAUUCAUAUUAGUUCUUGGGCUCCAAUAAACAAAUUUUGCAGCUGAGAAGGAUGUAGUUCUUGUGAUCCUUGGCCAAUUGGUGUAAAAGAAAGUGUACUAAUAAGUUAAAUGAAAUUUACCGCUGCUCUCUGUUCUUAGCAGUGUUA